AUUUACUGGCCUUUACUCGCUUCAGGCACGCAGAGCAAUUUUGCAGCAAAAUAGCAAAUUCCUCCUUUCCGUCCUGUCCGGACUGCGUCCUUCUCGCCGCGCGACUUCAAAUUCGGCCCUCGUUCAGAAGCGGAGGCCGAGCAGACAGGAUACUCUAUCGUUGUCAUUUUCAGCGAAACUCCUUUUCCAAUAAUGCCACUAUUAUUGUUGCGCGGUCUAGAUUUAAGACUUGACGUCGUCGCACGCUCUGACCAGCUGGACAUUUUUGCGCUUAGGGACAGACAUGUUCAACAAUCCACAUCCUACAAAGAAUAACAUUACCACUUUCCAUCGAGUUUCACGAAUACAUUUUUAGCACUGGCUGUGAUUUUCAGGUUGCACACGCAGGAUGCGGGAACAUUCUCUGGGCGCUCACCCCGGGCUGUCGUUCGUUUAUCGGGGUUGCCCGCGCACAACGGGUUUGCACUCUACAGGUCUCUCUCACCGGUCGGUACAUGAUACAACCUUCCUGCCAACGAACUGAACAACAAGAAGCUCAGAACCAUGUAAAAUCAUCUGAUGGGUUCGACGUCGGUGAAAUUUUGACAACAAGACUUGUCACACAAGACCGCCCAGACUUUCGGCGUUCUGUGCUCGCAGUGUGUGCUACAACAACCUCCUCCUACUGGUGGCGAGUUGCCAUGAAGUGCAUUUCGCACUUUCAAUAGUUCAUUCACAUCAUUGAGUCCGUCAGACGAGCUGCAGGUGCACGCACGUCAUACUGUCGGCUAUUUUCUUCGUGUCUGCUCAAAGUACGAGAUACCCUGGGGGCUUUACGAGCAGAUUACUAUCCACGGGCACACUUUCGCAUGCUUUGGCGAAGCUAGAUCGCAAAUCUCUAGCCCUACCGCUCCAUUGCCAUCAUACACGGCAAUAUCGUUGCGUUACUGACAGAUUCAAAGUCAAGGAGGCGGGCAAGGAUAACCGACUGAUCGUCUCGAUGAUAGACGUUGGAUCGGCAACCCCCGCACUCAGGGUCUGGUUUGAAGCAACAUUGCAGGCCAUCAUGACAGCGACCAGCGAUGGUGCAAACAUCAAGGUCGAAUCGGUUCUGAACCCCAAGAUCUGUGUUUGCCAAUACUGGUUACGUGAUAUUUCCAUGAAGGCCAGUUAGCCUACAGUUGGGCUUGUUAAGAUCAUUAAAUUCUGUGGUGGGCGAGCUAGCUAAUCACAAACUGCUCGAUACGAUACGCAGUGCGGAGAAACACUCGCUCAAAAGUGUGCUUUAGGCUCUGAAGCUCUCGCUUGCUUCGAGAGUACGAGUACUUGCUUGCACAUACAGUACAUUUGUUACUAGAAUUGGCGACUGACCUUUGCUAACUUAGAAGGGGUUUGACAGGAACAAGAAGGGUCAUGUGACAAGAACAACAUGUUUUUGUUGUCUGCCCUUGUAACUUCACCUCAUCCACGAUAGAAUUUAGACAGUUCUGGGAAGACCACCUGCAUUCCAUGAGCGAUUCACAUCGCCUGGUGAGAUAAUAAUGUGUUUGGUGUGAUGGUUGUUUUUGUUGCAUCAAUGCAUCCCCAACUUUACAAACUGUGAAAACAUAUUUGGUGUCUGCCAGCAAAAAAUGCCCUAGAUGAUCAGAUAUUAUGUAUGGACUCACUUGAGGCCACGAUGUCAGGCAAGGAAUGCUACAGUAUUUCAAAAUGCAACGGAAGAUUUGGAGGCUUUGGUGCGAGACGCAGCGGCGGCGUUGUUCACUUGCGCCGAUGAACUGAUUGAAUGGACAAUCUCAUUCUCUCAUUUGGUUUUCUGUGAGAAUCCAUCAAGCAUAGAGCUGGGCAGAUAUACCGCUGGAUGCUGAGAUGCUGAGAACAGACAGAGAGUCACUUCCUCAUGCCAGAUUGCGUUGACAUCAAAGGCUCUUUCCCAAUGUCUUCUUGACUCCUCGCACCUACCUCGUUUCUACAUGCAGGUUAGACAGGCUCAUAAAAGGGAACUCUUCUUCUCUUCUUCUCUUCUCUGCUGUACCAUCCUCUUCAUCACUCACAGUCCUUCUCUCUCUUUUCUUCAUUGAGCGGCACCAAAGUUUCUCUUACAGCGUCCAGGAUUUGCAUUCUCUUGACUCUGAACAAAGUCCAAUCUCCUCAAAACGCUGUUAUCUUCCCUUUCCUUUGUUGACCAUCUUUGAAGCCCAACGACUUCAAUCACCUUCAUCAUGUGGCUCUUCAACGUCCUUCUCCUCGUUAUGGUCAAUUUCGGGGCCAUGGCUGAGAUACCCAUGUGUGGUUCACAAUCAACGUCUUCUCAGACUUCUCGUGGCUGUACAAUGACCUUUACUCCUUACAUGGCUCCUCAAAUUGGCCCUACUAGCACAGUUUAUGGUGCCAUCAUGACCACAUAUUUCUAUGUAUGUCCUAUCCUACCUUAGAUAGUGUCAGCUACUGAUGCACGGCAGGUUGUCGACUGCCGCUAUUGCACCGUCACCAACCAUGAACAGAAUCCUACUCCUCAGGGUCCUUUCACAGCAAAAACCACAAGCUCCAUGCUCACUGUUACCCGGGUUGAGUGUAUGCCAGAGACAACUGCAAUCACCAGAAGAAACUACCGUGGCUAUGAAGAGGUGGAACAAGCUCAUGCUCAGACUGUCUCCCACAAGAAACUUUCUGGCAAUGGCUUCACACACAAACUACGCCGCUCAAGCUCUUCUGUCACUGGUGCAUUGCUUGAUCUUGCAACAACAAUCAGCAACACUUCUCCAGACAUCCAACUUCUUACUGGCCCUUCUCAGGAGUCAUUGACUGAGAUUCUGUCGGCUUUGUUUGCCCUCAACGUCGCUGACUCCGGCAUGAACCUCACCUCAGCCUGCCAGCAAGUCACAACUACAGAAGUCAGCUACCGCUUGUUGGAGUCUGACUUCAACCCUGAUCAGGUCAAAGGACUCAUCUGCUGGAUCAGUGAAAAUGGAUACUCUUUCAACAGCACCCGGGCUGCUGUCAUUUCCACUUUACAAGCUGCCAUAUACGGUCUAGAGGUCAAUUCUGACUUCACCGAUAACAGAACAGAAAUUUGUGACAACCUCGACCUCUUCCACUCCAUAGGUGGCUUCUUGGGCAUUAACACUCAACAAUACCAGGAUAUCGUCUGCCCUGGUAUCCCCAUCGAACCCACAACACCUACCCCCUACCAAGGAUCGCAGUCCGUCCCUACUGCAGGUCCGUCUGCUUCCGCUGGCGGUCCUUGGGCCUCUGCGAAUAGCUCUUCGGCUGAAAGCAAUGCUACCAUGCCGGAAUCAGCUUCAGGGAAUUCCAGUGGCACUGCAUUUGCAACUGGUGGCCCUGUGGCCUCCACAGGCGGUCCAUGGAUCUCGGGGAACAGCUCUUUCACCGUCCACAACGUCACUACCUGGGGACCACCCAUCUCUUAUACUGGUAGUAUUAUGAGCUGGCCCGCCAAUUGGACCGAGCCGACUGGCACGAUGGGCUCUGGUGUCGCCUCCAGCACCGGCAUGGCUUGGAGUGGAAUGGGCAUGAGAGCCCGCACACCACCGAGCCCUACUGCGAAGCCAUUCUACCCUGCCGUGCCUAGUCCAACACGUCACUCAGUCUUCAAGAGAUAUUAGAAUCUAUUGAAGUCAUCAGCACAAGCAUCACCGGUGUCUGGGCUCGUGCUGGCACACUGCCCAGUUUGCUGAGACUUUUGAUGGCUGCCAUGAAACUGCAUUUUUCAUCGAGAGAGAGAAGGACCCUUACACAACUUAAUUUGUAUGAUGAAGCUUCAUGGAACUGGGCUGUGCAUAUUCUAGAAUUGAGUAUGAUAGAGAUAGAUUAAUCGAGAGUACCAG